AUGAAUUUGACUUCCACUGCCUCUUCUUGUUUUUUGCUUGAGGAUUUUUCCGACCUUUAUUUUCUUCAUCAUGGAGAAAGCCCUGGUUUGAUCUUGGUUUCUCAGCCUUUGAAUGGUAAGAACUACUAUACGUGGAGAAAAUCAAUGUUGACAGCUCUCAAUGCCAAGAACAAGAUGGGUUUUUUGGAUGGAAUUUUUUCUCAGCCUGAAAAUCAGUUUAACUCAUCGUACAUUCUAUGGUUUCGUUGCAAUAACAUGGUCCUUUCAAGGAUCUUGAAUUCUCUUACACGAGAAAUUGUUGUCAGUGUUAUCAGCACUUGGAUUGCUGAAGAAGUUUGGAAGAAUUUGAAGAUCAGAUUUACACAAGGUAAUGAUCCCAGUUUAUUUCAACUCAAGAAAGAUCUUGCUUCAUUAGUUCAAGAUAAAUCUUCUAUUAGUUCUUAUUACAGGAAGUUGAAAGCUGUAUGGGAUGAAUUUUCUACUAUGAAACCAAUUCCUAGUUGUUCUUGUAAUUCGAGUUGUUCUUGUGGAGCCUUAAAAACAUUAAUUGAUCAACAUAAAAAAGAAUAUGUUGUUCAAUUUUUUAUGGGUCUUAAUGACUCUUUUACACAUAUUCAAGGACAAAUUCUGCUCAUGGAUCCAACGUCAUCCAUUGAUAAUGUUUUAUCACUUACUUUACAAGAAGAAAAGCAAAGAAACGUGGUGGGAUCAUCCUUGAUGACUGAAAAUGUUGCUUUGUUAACAAAAGAUGUUCUUGGAACAAUGGUUUAG